AUGUCAUCAUCAAAUAAAAAAUUUACUAUUGCAGUAGAAGGUAAUAUUGGUUCAGGAAAGAGUACUGUACUUCAACAUCUAGCAAAAUCUUCAUUAUGUGAUAUCAUUGCUGAACCUGUUGAAAAUUGGACAAAUUUAAAAGGACAUAAUAUAUUAGCAAUGUUAUAUGAUGAUCCUCAACGAUGGGGUUUUGCGUUUCAAGCAAAUGCACAGAUGACAUUAGCAAAAUUACAUGCUCAACCAACAAAAGCACCUGUUAAAGUUAUGGAAAGAUCUAUAUAUAGUGCACGAUACUGUUUUGUUGAGAAUUUAUAUCGAACUAAAAUUCUUCAUAGUGUUGAAUAUGAAAUUCUGGAUGAUUGGUUUCAAAUGCUUGUUUCAAAUGGUUUAUGUCAUCUUGAUCUUAUUAUUUAUCUUCGAGCUACACCUGAAACAUGUCUUCAACGUAUUCAAGCACGUCAUCGAUCAGAAGAAGAAUCUAUUGAUUUAGGUUAUUUACAAACUUUACAUGAAUGUCAUGAAGAAUGGCUUAUACAACGACAACGUACAAAUUCAUCACCGCCUGUUAUUAUUGUUGAUGCCAAUCAAACAAAAGAACGUGUUUACAUUGAUACUAAUACUCAUGUUAAUAAUCUUGUUUCUUGUUAA